AUGGAAGAGAAUCCAAGCAUGGAUCUGUCUGGAGCUGGGCCAGCCCAAGAUGAGGUGCAGAGCACAGCAGAACAUCCUGAGCACCAAGAGCCCCUCCAAGAAACAGUUGAGCCCCAAGUGGCAGGCAGGUGGCCUGAGACCUCCUGCAAACCAGAGGAGGACUCUUCAGUGUGUAAAUCACCAACUGCAGAUGAGGGAGAGACGACACUGUUGGAUUUAGCUGGCCCCAUGGUAGAGGAGAAGGUUCCUCAGGAAACUCAAGUAUCACUGGAAGAAUCUGGGAAGACAAGAGAUGGUGUCUCAGAAGGACCCCAGGAAAAAGAUGACUUGGAUGAAGCCAGGCUGGCCCAUGAUAAAACGGACAGCAAAGGAGACAGCCCUGUCCACCAGGAAACGUGGGGGGACCAGGAGGCAAGCAGGCAAGGUGAAAGCUCCUACACUGCAGAGGAAGAUGCUUCAUCAAGACGGAAGUCACUGAGCUCUGACAGUAGCAUGACCCAUUCGGAUGGGACUGCCACAGAUGAUGUCACCGAGGGCCUCUUGGCAGAGAAGAGCACCAGUGCCCCUCUCCUAGAUCGGGAGCCAGGCGGGCACACAGAGCAAGAGACAGAGGAGAGCGGAUCCCCAGGCACGUUAAGGAACAGACAUGGGACCAAAGGGCCCACAGCCCCAAAGCCAGCAGCUCAGUCCUGCUUGCAAAACACAGACCAGGAGAAAGCCAAGCAGCUCCUCUUGAUGAAAGGUGAGGAAAAGAAGCUUCCCUUGUGUGGUACUCAUCGACCAGAAUGCACUGAUCCACCAGGAACAAGGCUUGUCGUCAUGAGCCUCGUACUGCUCGGCUUCUGCGUAUUCUGCUUCAGCAGCCCGACCUCCAAGUCCCAGCAAGCCCCUAAGAACCCCACUGUGGAGGCCUUUCUGUCCCACUUCAACCAGCUGCAGGACAGGUUUCCAGGGCAGAGUCCCCACCUGUGGCUUCGCGGGCGCAAGUUCCUGCAGAAGCACCUCAACGCGUCUCACCACACGCAGCCGGCCAUCAUCAUCUUCACAGCCGCCCGCAAGGGUGAGCAGACCUUGCGGUGCCUUAGCACCCGCGUGGCUGACACCUACUCAGCUGCCCUGCACGCCAGCACGGUCCAGAUCGAUGGCACGGAUAAAUCCAGGCUCCAGAGUGACCAAGCCAAGCUGGAGGUGGACUCGGAGCUGAGCUCAGCUUUCCAGGCUGGGGGCCGUGCUGCGGUGAUACACCGCUUUGAGUCGCUGCCGGCGGGGGCCACCCUUAUCUUCUACAAAUACUGCGACCAUGAAAGUGCUGCUUUCAAGGACGUGGCUCUGCUGCUCACCGUGCUGCUGGAGGAGGAGACGCUGGAGACCCACAUCAGCCUCCAGCAGGUGGAAGAGAGGGUCCGUGACUUCCUCUGGGCCAAAUUCACCAACACCAGGACCCCCAGCUGCUACGACCACAUGGACUCCGACAAGCUUAGUGGGCUGUGGAGCCGCAUCUCCCACCUGGUCCUGCCGAUCCACCCGGUGCAGACCAUCGAGAAGGGAGACUGCCAUGUCCACACCAAACCCUAG